UACUCCGACCACCCAGAGCGAACCGCCAACCGGUGCAAACACAGCAUACACUCUUCAUCGUCACCCCGCACACCCUGGUGUCCUCUAUACAUCACUUCCGUAGCCCAAGCGAACCUUGUGAGAGCUCGGAAAAAAUUGAAAGCAGAAGGAGGGACGGAUCCGCCUACGUACAUGCGCGAUCGUGCCUGAAACAUGGCACGACUCCAGUACAUCGUCACAAAACAAAGAGUUGAAAUGGCGAUGCGGAAGGACUGGUUGCACCAGGAGCGAGAGAGGGCCCGGGAGGAAGCGCAUCAGCAACACCUGGCCCAGUAUAGCAUCUUGCUACUCCGUCAAUCGUACCUUUCGGCUUGCGCGGUAUGUGUGACGCUAAAGAAGCUUGGCCAGCCGUAUGCAGAGUCGGUCGUUCCCUUCACGAUAGCCUAGUGGGAGCGGCAAGGUGCGCUUGUAGCUGAUCAGGUCCUCGUGCCUAGGGCGCCUCCUCGUCCAAUGACGAGCAAACAGCGUCUACCACAGCUGGAAGCAAGGCGUCCUUCGCACCUACGCGACUUCAUGCAGAGUUAUCCAUCUAUGAGGACAGUUUCGGACGCGCACUGGCGAACGUGGGAGGAUCGCUGCAAGAUUAAUAGGGCCGUCCGGCGCAAGUACGACCUACCUGACGACUUCGACAUCGACCCUGAGUUCUUCGCGCAUCCGAUCUUAGCUUCAUACGCUAGGUAUCACCAUAGACAGAUCCAGGAUGGUCAACAUGCGGGCAAGCGCCGCGCCAAUAGGCACAAGCGACGUGCAGAGGAUUAUAGACCUUCUCGUAGCUCCCUUGCUUUGCCGAAUCUGGCUGAGGAUGUGCCGACUGAUGAGGCUGAUGGGGAGAAGCCAAGGCUUGCGGAGGAAGCUGCAGAGCUACGGCGGUUGACGGAUGUUGUAGCAACUGAGGUGGGAUACCUGUACUUCGUAGGCGAGGACGACCUGCUUGAGAGGUGGAGCGACGAUGUCGAGCAGAGCGACUUGUCUCUCAUUUACAGAAAAGUGGAACCAGGCAUGGACAUGGGGCAGCUAGACGAGGACCAUGUCAAGACAAAGGAAGCAGAGAGCGAAGAGUUGUAAAGCAGAAUAUGCGUAGAUGCGA